CUCUUCUUUUGCAGGUAGUUUUCUGUUAUGCUAACUUUUGGAGCUUUCCUAAAAAGUCAUGUUGACCUUCCUGUAUUUGUUUUUACUGUAUGUCAUGGUUUAACCCCAGGCAGCACUCGCUUGCUCCCCCUCCAGUGGGCUGGGGAGAAAAUCAGAAGGGUAAAAGCUGGAAAACUCACAGAUUGAGAUAAGCACAGUUCAAUAGAGAAAGCACAAGUCACACAGACAAGCAAAGCAAACCAAGGAAUAAUUCACUGUAUCCACUUAACAGGCAGGUUGCUAGCUGAAUAUCCUUUGUGAUGGCAGGGCCCUACCAUGUGGAAUGGUUACUUGGGAAGACAAAUGCCAUUGUUCUGUCUCCUUCUUCCUCUUUACAGUUUUAUAUAUUGAGCAUGUUGUCAUAUGGUAUAGACUGUCGUGGCUGUAUCUGCCACGCAUCUCCCAUGUACCUCCAACUUCCUCACCAGUGUGGCAGUACAAAAAAGCAGAAAGGGUCUUGGCUGCAUGUAAGCACUGCUCAGAAAUAGCAAAAACAUCUCUGUUAUCAGCCCUGUGUUCAUAACAUGUCCAGAACACAGCCCUGUACCAGCUACUGCAAAGAAAAUUAACUUUCCCCCAGUCAAAACCAGAACACUGAUAAAAGAACAAAAAGUAAAGUUCAAAGUAACUUGUGCAGUCAUAACUAGUUAAUGUACCUGUACCUCUAAAGUAUCUAGAACAUGCUUGUGUAACUUCAUUAGUUUAACAGGUUGAUUUCAUCUAGGAAAGACCCCUGUAUUAAGACACAUCCCAUACAUAGUAAUAAGAAGAAUCAUUAUUCAUUCCAUACAUACAAACUGGUUUAACGAUGCCAGCAGGGUAAGUUUAACUACUAAAAUUUUACCAACAUUGCUUUUGUAUCAGUAAAACUGGUCAGGAGUAUGACACUUCUUUCCAAAGUAAACUGAAGAUCUUUGGAAUGGACAGAAUUUUCUCAUGUUGUAUCUUCAUGCUGUGAAUGCAUGAUGUGGUUUGCUCUUACUCAUUUAAAGGGUAUUACUUCAGAAUCAAGGCAUUUAAUAGUGAAUCAAGGCAGCUAUACCAAUAGUGUAAUAUAAUAAAAUGAGAGAAAUUGUCAUUUAUAUUAAAUUGAGCAUUGAAGCAUAAAGAAAUAUACUUACUGCUACUACUUUUAAAGUCCUUAGUCUACACUGGUGUAAUAUUUAAAAAUACUAUUAAUAGGAACCUCCUACUAGGACAAUUAAAGUUGUAUAACUUUUGUCCCUGGAGAAGAGUAAGUUAAGUAGUGAUGUCUUCUGGGUAUAACUGAAUUGUACUAGUAGAGAGGUUAGUGCUUCUAACUACCAACCCUCAAAAUUGUUGUCUGCACUCAUGGGAAUGUUUCCUGACCUGUUUAAAGUAUGCCUGAAAUACUUUAAGAACUAAAUAUUUAGUAAGUUAUUUUUACUAAACCAUUGAGAAAACUCUGGUACAUAAAAGCUGAGGAAGAAGUUGAGGAGGGGUUUUAUUUGGUGCAAACUAAUGAAAGUUUUUCCACUCCAGUGGUGGCCUACAGUGUGCUUGUCUAAAGUAGCAAUGGAACACCAUUGGACUUGAUGAUGCCAGAAUCACCCAGUUUAUACUAACAUGAUAGUGAUACAUUUAAAAAUACUUCUGAGUCUUGUCAAGAAGGCUCACUAAUUCAUUUACUAGGGACAUAAACUAACAAUAUGUAACUUACAGACAAAAAGAUUUUGGUAGCAUUUUGAGUCUGAAGACUGAACAGGAAAGCAAUAAAUGCAUUUUAAUGCAUUUAAGAGGAAGUCUAAUGUCUGCCUUCUGUCAAAACACCUGCUUUUAGAUGCUGCUUCUAGUGGAUAGGGGGAUUGAUGCUCAAACUCAGAUGAUUUGUGUAGCUUUGACAAUUGGUUCUGCAUCUAUAAGUUGAAUCUCCUUGUGCAUGUUCUGGACAGCAUGAAGAGGAAAUUCUGGUGAUUAAAGAUCAUGGCAACCAUAGAGGAACUGGCCCAUCAAAUUUUUGAACAGCAAAUGGGAGAGGUUGCACAUUCCCAGGAAGGUGGUACACAAGCACUAAUGGAUGGGACACCACAGCGGAUACAGAUUGUCCCUGCAGACUCGGGCCUCUCUUUAUCCCAGCGCAUACAGAUUGUCACAGAUCAGCAGACGGGCCAGAAGAUUCAGAUUGUUACAGCACUUGAUCAGAGCUCAGCAGGCAAGCAGUUCAUCUUAACAAAUCAUGAUGGCUCUACCCCAAGCAAGGUGAUCCUUGCCAGACAAGAUUCCACUCCAGGAAAAGUUAUCCUAGCAACUCCAGAUGCUGCAGGUGUCAACCAACUGUUUUUUGCAUCCCCUGAUAUAUCUGCACAACACAUCCAGAUUUUAACAGACAACUCCCCCAAUGAACAGGGCCUAAAUAAAGUGUUUGAUCUGUGUGUUGUAUGUGGAGACAAAGCAUCAGGGCGUCAUUAUGGAGCAGUAACCUGCGAGGGAUGCAAAGGGUUCUUUAAAAGGAGUAUACGGAAGAAUUUAGUUUAUUCCUGCCGAGGAACAAAGGACUGUGUCAUUAACAAACACCACCGGAAUCGCUGCCAGUACUGCAGGCUGCAGAGAUGCAUCGCCUUUGGCAUGAAACAAGACUCUGUGCAGUGUGAGAGGAAACCUAUUGAAGUGUCAAGAGAAAAAUCUUCAAACUGUGCAGCUUCUACAGAAAAGAUCUACAUUCGGAAAGAUCUUCGUAGUCCAUUAGCUGCAACCCCAACUUUUGUAACAGACAAUGAAACAGCAAGAUCAACGGGUUUGCUGGAAUCGGGAAUGUUUGUUAACAUUCAUCCAUCUUCAGUAAAAAGUGAGCCCACUGUGCUGAUGACUCCAGAUAAGGUAGAAGCAUGUCAAGGUGAUUUAAGUACACUGGCAAAUGUGGUGACUUCAUUAGCAAAUCUCAGCAAAUGCAAAGGUGUGUCACAAAGCAGUACAGAGCUAUCCAUGAUUGAGAGUUUGAGUAAUGGAGAUGCAUCAUUACCUGAACACAAGCAAGAAGAACAAGCUAGUAGUGAUGUUACAAGGGCAUUUGAUACUCUUGCAAAAGCAUUAAAUCCAGGAGAGAGUGCAGCAUGCCAGAACUCUGAAAAUAUUGACACCAGUGCACAGCUGCUUGGUGGAGAAACAAGCAUGAACAUUGUUGAAAUAGAGGGGCCACUACUCAGUGAUGCUCAUGUGGCAUUCAGGCUCACCAUGCCUUCUCCUAUGCCUGAUUAUCUUAAUGUUCACUAUAUCUGCGAGUCUGCCUCCAGGUUGCUUUUCUUGUCCAUGCACUGGGCACGUUCCAUUCCAUCUUUCCAAGCUUUGGGACAGGAUAACAGCAUAUCAUUAGUAAAAGCCUGCUGGAAUGAACUUUUUACGCUUGGUCUAGCACAAUGCUCCCAAGUUAUGAAUGUGGCGACGAUCUUAGCUGCUUUUGUUAAUCACCUUCAAGGCAGUUUACAACAAGAUAAGCUGCCAACAGACAGAGGAAGACUAGUAAUGGAACAUGUCUUCAAAUUGCAAGAGUUUUGUAACAGCAUGGUUAAGCUGUGUCUAGAUGGAUAUGAAUAUGCAUAUUUGAAAGCAAUCGUCCUCUUCAGUCCUGAUCACCCAGGUCUAGAAAAUGUGGUACAGAUUGAGAAAUUUCAAGAAAAAGCUUACAUGGAGUUCCAAGACUAUGUAACAAAGGCGUAUCCAGAUGAUACUUACAGACUAUCUAGACUUCUUCUCCGAUUGCCUGCUCUUAGGCUGAUGAGUGCUGCCAUCACUGAAGAGCUGUUCUUCGCAGGACUGAUUGGAAAUGUUCAGAUUGACAGCAUCAUCCCGUACAUUCUGCGAAUGGAGACAGCAGACUACAACUCUCAGAUCAUAGGUCAUGGCGUGUAAAAGUAGCAGUCCAGGAUUCUGUACCAUGGCAAUCGUGGUGAUGUAAAUGCAUACCCUGUCUCCAAGAGAUGGUCAAAGCCUUCCAACGCACCUUUCCAGAGAAGGCUCAUAUUCCUCCUUUCCAGGACGCUUGGGAAACAUGGUGGAGUGUAUUAGAAUAUAGGAUCACUUCCUGUUCUUUAUCUGUUUUCAAGGACUUGUAAAUUAACUUGAUAUGUGAAGAAAGUCAAGAAUUGUCCAUCCUAUUUUUGUAGGUAGACGGACUUGGAAUAUUUGUUUAUGAAGUUCAGGCUUAUGAGGAAACUGAAGAAGCUUUGACUGAACUAAGGUAUCUCAACUUAGUUUGAUGUUUUAGACAAAUAAAUUAACUUUCUUCUCUGA